CGCAGAUCAAAAGCAAAUCAAACGCAGAUCAAGCGCAGACCAUCGAUCCCGCCGACUCGCACCGCGGCUGUUCUCUCCAGCAGAUCCUCCCCACCCGCCCGAGCGCCGCACCGAUCGAUCCAUGUCUCUUUCGGAGGAAGACGAAGACAUUGAAAUCAAUGUCGAUUCCUUCACAUAUGAGUCUGACGAGGAAGAGCUCCAGACACUGCUGCCAAAGGAAGUGGCCCUCCUGCUCAAGAUCGAGACCCUCAAACAGGAGAUCCGCGAGCUCGAAGAGCAGGAGCAGAGCAAGGCCCUGGAGUCGUCCGCAGCUUGCCUGGAAGAUGCCGAGAUCAACCUGGAGGAAUACGAAGCUCCUAAGUGGUGUAUACCCAUCAAGGCGAAUGUGAUGGACUUUGAAUGGGAUCGACUGGCAAGCGAGUGCCAAUUCGAUGUCAUCAUCAUGGAUCCGCCGUGGCAGCUGGCAUCCAACACACCAACCCGAGGCGUGGCCAUCACAUACCACCAGCUUCCGGAUGUUUGUAUUGAAGAGCUGCCGAUCGAGAAGCUGCAGACGAACGGAUUCAUAUUCAUCUGGGUCAUCAACAACAAGUACGUCAAGGCAUUUGACCUGAUGGAGAAAUGGGGAUACAGCUAUGUCGACGACAUCACUUGGGUCAAGCAAACCGUCAACCGCCGAAUGGCCAAAGGUCACGGAUACUACCUGCAGCACGCCAAGGAAACAUGCCUUGUGGGCCGCAAAGGGAGAGAUCCGGCCGGGUGCCAGCACAACGUCAUGUCGGACGUGAUAUUUUCCGAGCGACGCGGACAGAGCCAGAAGCCCGAGGAGCUCUACGAAAUGGUUGAAGCGCUGGUGCCGAACGGCAAGUAUCUCGAGAUCUUUGGCCGCAAGAACAACCUGCGGGACUAUUGGGUCACGAUCGGCAACGAGCUGUGAGCGCCGUGUUGCGCAGCACGUCACUUUUUUUUUUUGUUGCUGGUCCGAAAUACAUCCUCUCGCCCGCGA